AUGUCACUGUCUGUUGAAGAAAAAACAUUAUUUGUGACUCUCUUUAAAGAAACGGUUGCCUCAUAUUCUGCAAAGAUCAACAAAAAUAAAGUGGAUGUCCUUCUCGACGUCUUACCGCUGAUCAUUAAGACUGCUUCCGAAGAACUCAGUGAAGCUGAGAAGGCAUUGAACACCGAAGUUGAAGCGGUGAAAGCCGACACUGAGAAACUGCAAGCAGUGGUGAAGAGGUCUGAGCCGAAGAAGACUGAAGUGAGCAAGCAGACCACCUUUGAACGAUAUAUCAAUAUUGGGGAGGUACUUGGCAAGCGUGUUGAGCGAGGGGAGAAUUGGAAAUGGGAGAAUCAAGAUGGUGGUAUAGGUGGGCGCGGUGUAGUAGUGUCGAUGAAAGCGAGUGGGUGGGUGAAAGUGCGCUGGGACAUCAAUAACAAUGAGAAUCGGUAUCGGUAUGGUUCCGACAACUGUUAUGAUAUCAAAGUCGUCGCGGAAGAGAAAGAAGAGAACAUCCCAUCACAAGAGGAUCAAUAUAAAAAGCCAGCACAAUGGUUAGUCGGAAAGAGUGUGAUAAGAGGAAGAGACUGGAAGUGGGAAGAUCAAGAUGGAGGAAAUGGUUCCGUUGGGAUCGUUACUGAGUCUCCAUCUGGUAAUUGGGUGGAAGUGAGAUGGAAGAGUGGAUCUACAGCACAAUACAGAUGGGGUGAGGAUGGGUGUUACGACUUACUCGUCGUCGCUAAGCCACUUUAA